AUGCCGGAGCUUUGCGACAUCCACACCUUGGCUUGCACCCAGCUGUUUCCCUUCGCCCUGAAGUUCUGCAGUGGCAGUGCUCUGAGCAUGUUGCGGGCGGCCGGCCCCAUUUUCUCGGAGGCCAUCCCCGAGUCUUCACCAUUGUGGAAGGAAUUGCUGCAGGAGUCCUCUGCGUGGCUUCAUGAUUCCAAGACAUCCUUGAUGCACAAGGCCCACCGCUUGAGCGUGGCUGCCGAGAGAUGUCGGUUUGACAGGGAAGAUGGCAGCCUUCAGGUGCCACACCCCACACCUGUCAACAAGAGCCGCCGGUACCGACUCAUUGUCACGGGCGCACGGCGCAGCGGCAUUUCCACCUUGGUGCGGAUCAUGGCGGGACGCGAGGAGCUCGACAAUCAGGGCAAGGACAUGUCGUUGGUGAACUUCUCGGCCGACUUGGACGGCCAAGUUCUCUCCAUCUCUGCGGUGGACAAACGCUCAACGGCCAUCGUGACCCCGUUAUCAGCCGCCCUUUACAACGGUCAUAGCGCAGCACUCUUCGUCUUUGAUGCUGCCAAUGCGGAUUCGCUGAAGACCACGGCCUGCUGUAUCGCUGAGCUUCAGCAGACGGUUGGGCCACAGAAGUUCCGACGCAUGCCCAAGCUCCUGGUGUGUCACAAGGCGGAUGUGCUGCCGAAGGUGGAAGAUCGCCUGGCGGAACUACCUGCCAUGUGUGAAGCCUUGCUAUCGACCUAUGGAAUGGAUCUAGUCUUCACCACCAGGGAGGACCCCAGCUCCAUCCACCUGGCCGUGGCUUUGGCCGCGGAGCAUUGGCCGGAGGCGGACCCUGAUGAUGCCAGCCGGAAGUUCCCCGCCAUCUCACGACAACAGCUGCGUCCGACUCGGACCGUGGUACGGAGGAACACCGUGGUGAGGAGAGUGGCUGAUAAGAAAGCUGCAGAAGAGGUGGUCUCCAAAAAGUUGAAGGCUGCUGCUGCCGAUGCUCUAGCCAUCGAUGGUCAAGCGCUGGUGCAGUUCGUUGACCCAGAGGGGAAGAUAGCAGGUCCCCAGCUGGAUGUUCCUUUGGGCACCUCCAAGGACCAAUUGGGAACGCUCCUGAAUCAGCUGCUGGAGAAUAGCGAAGAAAUGCCUUACAGCUUUCACCUGGAAGACACGGAGAUCACCUCCAACUUGGCGGCGUCCUUCGGCAAACUCUCCAAAGGCCAACAGUCCACUGAGCGUGUGCUGAACAUCACCUACUACCCCUUGGCUGUGUUCCGCGUUCGGCCCGUCACGCGCUGCACUUCUUCGCUCAGCGGCCACAUCGAGGCGGUGCUGUGCGUGGCCUUUUCGCCGGAUAGUCGACAGCUGGCCACCGGGAGUGGCGACUCCACGGUGAGGCUGUGGGAUCUCAACACCGAGCUGCCGAAACACACCUGCAAAGGUCACUUGAACUGGGUGCUGGCCGUUGCUUGGUCGCCCGAUGGCUCCCGACUCACCUCCGCUGGCAUGGAUAAGAUUGUACUGGUCUGGUGUGCCCAAAGUGGCAAGAACUUGGGGGCCUUGCGUGGGCAUACGCAGCCCGUGACCUGCCUGUGCUGGCAGCCCUUGCACGUCACAGAGGGCGACAGUUUUCCAUUUCUGGCGACCAGUUCGAAGGAUGCGGCGGUGAGGAUUUGGGAUACGACCGCCGGCACGUGCGUGAGAAGCCUCACCUCGCACUCCCAGCCGGUGAUGCAAGUGCGCUGGUCGGGCGAGCGCCCGGACAUCGGCGGGGUGAUCUACAGCGCUGGGCGGGAUUGUGUGGUGAAGGUGUGGAACCCAAAGGAUGGAUCCAUGCUGAGCGAACUCAAAGGCCACGGUCAUUGGGUGAACACCUUGGCGUUGAACACGGAUUAUGUGCUUCGCUCGGGGCCCUUCACUCAUGAGCCACAGAAGUUCAAAGACCUGGCGGAGAAGAAGGAAGCGGCCAAGAAGCGUUACGAUGAAGCCAUCCAGCUUUGCGGGGGCGAGCGGCUUCUCAGUGGCUCGGAUGACUUCACUUUGUUCCUUUGGAGACCUGUGGUAUCCAAGACAGCAGUGUGCCGAAUGACAGGGCACCAGAAGAUCGUGAACCAAGUGGCCUUCUCACCAGACGGCCGCUGGUUUGCCUCGGCGUCCUUCGACAAGUCGGUGAGGCUUUGGGAUGGAAGGACUGGAAAGUACGUGCACGCCUUCCGAGGGCAUGUCGGUGAUGUCUAUCAGCUGGCCUGGUCCGCGGAUAGCAGACUUUUGGUGAGCGUCUCCAAGGAUUCCACCGCCAAGUGCUGGGACAUCGGCCAACGGAAACUGCUGGAGGAUUUGCCUGGCCACGCGGACGAGGUGUACGUGGUGGAUUGGAGCUUGGAUGGCUCCCGUGUGGCCACAGGAUCGAAGGAUCGGCUCCUGAAGAUUUGGCGCCACUGA